AUGUUAGACAAUGUCUCGGUGGCUGAACAAACAACAUGCAUAGAUUCUGAGUUUGAAGAUGACUGGUAUAAUAUCGAUAUCUUCAGCCACGUUCAAUCAGAGCUGGAUGAGAACAAUGUAUCCCACAAGCAGAUUUUUCUAUACGUAACGAGAGCUGGUGUAAACAGAAGAACCUUUCUGCAGGUACAUAACUUACUCAGGGAACUAGGAUGGUAUAAGAAUGUAGCCGAGUUCGCACCCUAGCUAUUGUCCACAUCAUGAGUGGGUUGUUGUUUAUUAUUGGUUAUCGUCGUCAUAAUGUUAAAUGCAGAUGGAGGAAUGAAAAUCAUAUCAGUAUCAGUCGUCAUCAGCCUAAACAAACUGGCUAUUGUCAUUGUCAUCAACGUUAUUCUUCACUGAGCUUCUUAGUUAUAUCGACCCCUUUAUCACAAGUCACCUUUUUACAUUGAAAUAAUUCAUUCAAACGUAAGGUCUGUCCCAUUUAACCAAGGUUCCUCACCAAUUAACUGCUAAGCGUUGAUUUAACGCUUGCUUUCUUAGGAGGAAGAGAUCAGGAUGCCAAUGAUCACAAUCUAUUCAAACAAUUUCUCCUGGAGAAAAAUCCAGGGACCAGGGACUCUUGUGGCGAAAUUGGAGAUGGGAUCUUUUCAGGCAGUCAAAAAGGUAAUACUUCUAUACGCAGGUAAAUGUUGGCAGCCUUUGAAUUUGGGCGAACUUAUAGUUAAGGUAAUACAAAACAAAAAUGAACUCUAUGGAAGCCAAGCAAAGCAUCAGUGGAUCCAAUAACACAAACUUUACUGAACUUCUCCAGCGUUAUGAGGAGACAUCCGGAGUCUGAACCUUUUUUAUAUGAUUACUUAAGAAUCAGAUUGAGCUACAAGUGAAAUUGAAAUAUCUUCUUAUUAUUACGAAAAGCAAUUCAUAAAAAAUGGGACAAUCAAAGCGCAUUUUGAUCCAAACUAUGGCCAGUAUGCAAGUUCAAACUUAUUCCGAGCAGCACAAGUAGUUAGUUAUUAGAUAUGGUUACACAUCUGGAUGAAGAAAGACAAACAGAAAAAGGUUACCUAUCCUUUAGAUAGGUGGACCAACAUACAGCCCCUGGGGCCCGCAGCAGUCAUCACCCUACUAGAAAGAUAACUGGGACGUUUCCCUCCACCGCUCUUUUAGGGUAUGGCUGCAUGAAUUGCGGAGAAAUCAGUGGGGUGAGAUCAGACGUUUACAUGUGCAGCUUCCCACCGCCUCAAACUAUUAUCGCGCCUCACAAACCUGCAUCGAACAAGUAACAAGUCACACAGACCAUGACAGUCACAUCGUGAUCUACUUCUCCUCUUCAUUUCGAUCAAUGUUUUGGGUUCUUUUAUGUCCCCUCCUACUGAAAUGAAAUAAGUUUAAAGCAGCCAAGGCCAACAUAAAAUUGUCCGAGUGAUUCGGUCAUUUGAACAGAAGAAAGAUCUUAUUCAUUUGGAUUACGACUGUACUGGUCUUUUGGAACGUAUUUGGGUUGGUUAGGCACUCUAAAAUGGGAGGGCGAUGGUUGCAUAUGUGCGCGAAUUAAUAGUAAUAGGCAUUCCGUAAUUACACACGUAUUGGGAUUAUUUAGUGACCUUAACGUAUACUGAUAUUAUUCAUGGUAGGUCGAUAGACGGAAGAUUGAGGAGAUGCGAUUGCCUGAGAAAAUGAUUUUUACUUUGCCACCAAGCGAUGCGUCGUUCAUGAAAGUAAAGGCCGAGCUAAUCGAUGAAAACACUGAAAAGAGAUCGUUUUGGAAACAGAGCAGUUAA